GUUCAAGGUUAACAAUUUCCCAAAUUAUGAAUAGCAAGGUAAACUUGCUCAAUAAAUGCAAAUUUAAUUACAUUUAAAUUGCGUAAACUUCGUGAACUAAUGAUAAUGAUAGUACAGGCAGUGAAAUUAUGGAAACCUCCCCCUGUCCGAGACUAUUCGUCUACGAGCACAUGCAAGUCGGUCGAUGGUACGGGAUAAUCACUCUACUCAGCUCGGAGGACUUGACCGGAAUUCGACUUCGUCUACAAUUCGACCGGCCCUCUCUGGAACUCGGGAACUGGUUUGGUGAAGUCUCCACGACUAACAACAAAGAUUACGUAAUUGAAAAUACUAACUUUACCCUAAAAGCUCACAGACCUCAGACUAUCCGCUUCUAUCUAAACUACAAAGGCUCGCCUUCGCCCAAACUAACUUCGUUAAGCCUUAACGACAAAACUGUCUGCCCGGAACCGACUAACUCACUAAGCCGACCGUUGUCGUUCGGCUUUCUACCGCCGCCCGCGUCGAACGAAGACGAGGACUACUACCCGAGCGAUUUUGCCUUCAUUAGACCGCAUCAGGGCGGUUCGACGGACGAGUGCGGAACAGUUAUAAUCAGACGAUCUAAGAGAAGCUUCGUGUACCCGGAACCUCACGUCGUUAGCUUUCCCGUUUACUGGACGUAUUUUCAGCCGCAACCGAAACCUCUAAUUACGUACGGAACGUCGACGGUCGAGGGGGAGUACCCGUGGCACGUGGCUCUGUAUCGGUCGAAGGGGUUCGAUUUGGUGUACGUCUGCGGGGGCGUUCUCAUAUCGUCGUUCUACGUCGUUACCGUCGCGCAUUGCGUUACGAAGGCGAAGGCGGCGAACGCGUUAAAUCCGAACAGCAUGCGAGUUUAUUUGGGCAAAUAUUACCUGUCGAAGUUCUCCAAUCCGGGCAUACAAGAUCACGCGGUCGAGGAAAUAAAACGGCAUCCGGACUAUGACGCGCACACCUACGCCAACGAUAUCGCUCUGGUCAAGCUUAAGGAAGAGGCCGCCAUAACCGACUACGUGCGUCCGGUUUGCCUGUGGCCGCAGUCGCAGAGUCUGGACUCGAUCAUCGGGGAGCACGGUGACGUCGUCGGUUGGGGUUACGACCAGUACGGUAGGAUUACCGACGAACUGAUGCAGAUUACGAUGCCCGUCGUGACGCGAGAAACGUGCGUUCAAUCGUUUCCGCAGUUUUACGCGCGGUACACGUCCAGCACGACCUACUGCGCCGGUCACAAAAACGGUUCGUCCGUUUGCAACGGAGAUUCCGGCGGAGGCAUGGUCUUCCUACGUAAGGAUACGAUGCGUUGGUACCUGAGGGGGCUCGUCUCGAUCAGCAUAGCCCUACGGUCCCAAUUCUGCGACUACUCGAAUUACGUCGUCUUUACCGAUUCGGCGAAGUACUUGGGCUGGAUCGGAAGCGUCAUUGCGAAAUAGAAUUAUACGAUUAGAUGUUGACCU